CGCAUCUUUAUGGUUUCUUUCAGUCGCCAUAUGCGUCCCCUGACCAACCAGUCCGCAUCUAUGGGUGUGUCCCUUAAAUUUGACCUGCUUUCAGUCUCAGAUAUUGAUGACGUCAAACAACGCAUUUCUGUCUUAGCCGUGGUCAGCGUGCAGUGGUAAGUCUGUCCUACAUACAGUGGUAACGUGCAGUGGUAAGUCUGUCCUACAUACAGUGGUAGAUAUCAUGAUGUUUGGAGGUGUAGCCAUGUCAUUUUGCAAAAGACAAGUGUUUAAACAGAGCUCCGACACUUGCAAUCUUAUCUUAUCACUUUCAGGUCUGACAAAAAUUUAAUCUGGGACCCGACUGACUAUGGUGGAAUGGACAGAAUGUACUUUAGUGAGGACCACAUCUGGGCUCCGACAAUUUACAUCGUUGAAUCGCAGACGAAAGGGCCAACCUUGUUCAACCUACCGACGACACACCUGGUACUUCCAGAUGGCUCCGUCAAUUUUGGCUCUUCGGGGAUUCUGGAAACCUCCUGCACCCUGGAUAUGACCUACUUUCCUUACGAUUACCAGUCGUGUAAAUUUGGAUUCGGUGUCCUGGACUCAUCCAGGAGAGAUAUCUCUUUGGUACCCGAUCCUAGGGGUCCACAGAAGUCAGCAGCAUACGUCCCUGACGGAGAGUGGAAUGUGUACGGCUUUUCAAUAGAUGAAGCUCUGUACGGAAAAAUAAAUUACGAAUCCCAGACUCUUUACGUGGUUCUCAAACUUCAAAGACGGUCCACUUACUAUGUCCUGAAUGUGAUUGUUCCCGCGGUGACCGUCUCUCUCUUAAGUUUGCUGACGUUCGCCGUCCCUGUCGAGAGUGGGGAGAGACUGGCCUACGCCCUGACCAAUCUCCUCUCCUUAUCCGUUUACAUAACCUACAUUGGGAGCAUCAUGCCGUCCUCCUCUGUGGAUCUUCCAAUCAUCCUCCGAUACCUGGUGUCUCUGUUCCUCAUUAGCUCAAUGUGCGUUGUCAUGACCGUUGUUGUC